ACAUUAGACAACAUACAACGAUAAUAAGUCUGCCUUCAAUUUAAUUAAAUUUAAUAAUUCUGUUUGUUAAAUUAAUGUGAGUUAAAACAAAACAUUAAACAAACAUGAAUAACAGCGAUGUAUCAAAAUUCAAAACGAAGAGAACUCGACACAACGAUAUGAAGAAUUUGGCAUGUACUAACAGAAUGUGUAAAAGUAAAUCAGUCAAAAACACCUUGUCCUUGUUUAAGCUACGGCGAUUUGGCUGCAUCAUGAUUUUAAAAAAGAUAAACGCGUUCAAAGCUUGUUUACUUAUAGUCACAAUUACUUUUAUUAUCUUCAUACGCGUCAAUCAAUUGUCAAGUUAUAUAUACAAAUCAAAAGUUCAGAAUCUUGUAAGAGAGGCCAUCGUAGAUGUUGAAGAAGAUUUUAGAUAUGUCGAGGUGUACAAAACAAAGUACAGUUUGCCGAAGGAUCUUAAAUUCAUUUUACUGUGGACGGACUGCAAAUUUAACCACCCAUUCAAUACAAUACGUGAUGGUCAACGUGCGUUUAUAUUCAAAAACUGUUCGGUGUUCAAUUGUUACUUCACCUACGACAAGUCUUUCUUCGGUGGAGAUCUAACAAAAUUUGACGCUAUAGUAUUUAAUGGCCCACGUAUACAUACUCUAUCAGAUGAACUUCCAAAAAAACGCUCCCCUCAUCAGAAAUACAUUUAUUUCAGCAUAGAAUCGCCUGAUUAUUAUCCAGUUUGCAACGAUGUAUUUGAUGGGUUUUUCAACUGGACAGCGACAUAUAAAUUGAAUUCCGAUCUUUUGUUCUCAUAUAUAGAGAUAAGAAAUCGCAAAGGAGAAAUUGUAGGGCCAAAGACUAAUAUGACAUGGGUUAAAAAUAUGUCAGUUGAAAAUGAUUUUUCUAUAAUACAAAAUAAGAGUAAAGCAGUUGCAUGGCUUGUGUCUAAUUGUGAAGACAGAAGUGGAAGAGGUUUAAUUGCUAACAACCUGCAAAAGCAUUUACGACCGUAUGGAUUAUCCUUAGAUAUUUAUGGAGAUUGUGGUACUUACAAAUGUCCUAAAAAACGUAUGAAAAGCUGCCUUAACAUGUUAGGGGAAAAAUAUUACUUUUAUUUGUCUCUAGAGAAUACUUUCGCAAUAGAUUAUGUGACUGAAAAACUUGUAACUGCUCUGAAUCAUAACAUGAUACCUAUAGUGUACGGUGGAGCAGAUUAUUCAAGGUUUGUACCUCCGCACACGUACUUGGAUGCUUUACGUAUGAGACCUCGAGAAUUGGCUGCUACUAUCGCGAAGUUGAUGACUUCUCCGGAGCAGUACGUUCAGUAUUUCUGGUGGAAAUAUUAUUACACGUACUCGGAUCUGCUGUUUGUGGACAACGUGUGCGUAAUGUGUGCCGCGCUUAAUAACAAAACUAUGAUGGGGACAAGAACGGUACACGAUGACUUUAGAUUCUGGUGGAACCCCUAUUACAGAAUACGAUGUAAAACUCCGUAGAAAUGCUUUUAAACUCCGUAAUUACACUGUCGCACCUGU